AGUUCAGACCCAGGGUGUAUGCUUUGGAGUGAGUGCAUGUGUGACAGGGCAGAAAGAAAGACAGUCAUAUACCUGGGAUUAAGCAAGAGAAGAGGCUUAUCUUCUGCUUCUGGAAGGGUUAGAAAAAAGUACUGAAUUUUCCUGAAGUGCAAGAAGCCUUUUUCUCUUUCAAGAGUCUUUGAAACUUGUCCUAAAGUCCCUGUAGGGGUCCUAUUAUUAUUUGCUUUUUCCCUCAGGAGGACUGUCUUUACAUACGCUUCAACUGUGAACACAUUUACAUUGCCCAUUUGGCCAGCCCUGAGUUCCCCAACUGCCAACUGCUGCGAGAGUUUCACAGAGACACUCCAUACCCUGAGAGAGUGCGGGGCCUAGCUGUUGAGGAUGAAAUGGUUUAAGAAGAAGCCGGAGGCCAUGGUAGGUCCAGAACCCACAGGGACCAGCACCGUGACCACGCCCCCCACCCCUGCUGCCUCUACAGUGGCUGACAACUCCACGGGAGCUGAGGGUCCAGGCAACAAGAAUGACGUCUUUGAGGAGAUCAAGAGCAAGUUCCUCAAUGAGAUUGACAAGAUACCGCUUCCUCCUUGGGCUCUAAUUGCCAUCGCUGUGGUAGCAGCCCUCCUCAUCCUCACCUGCUGCUUCUGCAUCAUCAAGAAGUGCUGCUGUAAGAAGAAGAACAAGAAGAAGGGCAAGAAGGACAAGGGUGGCUUCAACAUGAAGAAUAUGAAGGGGGAUGAGAAACAACAGGAUGACGAUGAUGAUGAUGCUGAGACAGGACAGACAGAGGAGGAGAAGGAAGAAGAGGAGAAAGAGGCGGAGAAGCUAGGAAAGCUGCAGUACUCCCUCGACUAUGAUUUCCAGGACAACAAGCUCACAGUGGGCAUCCUCCAGGCCGCAGACCUCAUCUCCAUGGAUACAGGUGGCACGUCCGACCCCUAUGUAAAGGUUUUCCUCUUACCAGACAAGAAGAAGAAGUUUGACACCAAGGUGCACAAGAAAACGUUGAAUCCUGUCUUCAACGAGACCUUUGUUUUCAAGGUUCCCUAUCAGGAGUUGGGAGGAAAGACCCUAGUGAUGUCUGUCUAUGACUUUGACCGCUUUUCCAAGCAUGACAUCAUUGGGGAGGUGAAGCUGCCCAUGAAUACAGUAGACUUAGGCCAGCCCAUUGAGGAAUGGAGGGAUCUUGAGAGUGCUGAAAAAGAGGAGCCUGAAAAGCUGGGGGAUAUCUGCAUCUCUCUCCGCUAUGUCCCCACGGCUGGCAAACUCACCAUCUGCAUCCUUGAGGCCAAGAACCUCAAAAAGAUGGAUGUGGGUGGUCUGUCAGAUCCCUAUGUGAAGAUCCACUUGUUACAGAAUGGUAAGCGACUGAAGAAGAAGAAGACCACAGUGAAGAAGAACACACUGAACCCCUACUACAACGAGUCCUUCAGCUUUGAGAUCCCACUGGAGCAAAUGCAGAAAAUACAAGCGGUGAUCACAGUGCUUGACUAUGACAAGAUUGGCAAGAAUGAUGCGAUCGGCAAGAUCUUUGUCGGUAGCAAGGCAACAGGCACAGAGCUGAGGCACUGGUCCGACAUGUUGGCCAACCCCCGCCGCCCCAUCGCCCAGUGGCACCCACUCAAGCCCGAAGAGGAGGUGGAUGCCACCCUAGCAGCUCUGGCUGGCAAGAAGUAACUCCUCUCCCCCCAACAACACCAAGAUAACUUGCUAAGCAAAUAACUCAAUAUCCCAUAUUGCAUGAAUUCCGUGGAUUACCAACAGACAUGGUCAAACACUAAAAAAAGAAAACAUAAACCAUAAUAGUAGAAGAUUAUUAGUGACAUUGAAUGACACUUCUUUAACUUCAAAUGAUUUAAUAAUUUGAUUCACAUGUACACCAAGCAGGAGAUGGAUAGAUUAGUUUAUUCAUUCAGCUGAAAGGUACCUUUUGGAUGUUAUUUGUCAUUUGGAACCUUGAGGCAAGUUUUCUGUGCACUAAAAUCUACAAAAGAGGCAAAAAGAAUCUGCAAAUGAUGGGGGUUAGGUGUAUUUUAUGACUAUCGUAGAAUAGUUGUCAUCUCACAGUAUUGCUCUUUCUACUCUGCUAAAAGUUUGCCAAGUGCAGUCAGGGGCGCCAUGUUGUAAUGUGUGCUAUGGAGAUGCAAUCGCUCUUAAGAUGUUCUCAUUUACUACACCAAAUCCAGUUUUGUGAUUUGUUCUCCAUUCUUUUGUUUGGGAUGUUGACAGCAGGCUGGGAUGAAAGCAUGGAAAAGAAAAGAUACAUGUAUCUAUGAACUCUCCCGAGUGAACACAAUUUCACAACCACACAUAGUGAUACUAAUUUUUUUCCCCCUGUGUCUUCCUGUAAUCAAAGAGGUGAUAAUAUGUAAACCCUUCUUAGAGACCAACGUGCAAAUGUUUCACUCACUUUCAUAAAUCUGAGGCCAAAUCACUACUCAAUGAAAUAUUAUCAUAAAAAGCUGAGGACGAUUGCAUCUCUGAGGCAGUAAUAUGACCACAACUCCCUGUGCCUUCAGAUUUAGAGAUCAUGUGAUCAGCUGACACGUCUAUUUUUUUGAAUCUAUGAUUUUGUGUAUUUGUUGGGGAACCACGUCUUCCAAAUGAAAGGCCAAGUGAACCUUUGUCUUAAAGACUUUACAAUAAGGACCCUGCAAAUUUGAGAUUUGUUUGGUGUCUAUUUUACUGCCUACAGUCUACCACCUGCCAGUUCAAUGCCUUCAGACUGACAAUAAGUCCUGACCACUCUCACAAAGCAUGAAUUCACAGAGUCAAAGUGAUAUGUAUAUCUGUCUUUCAGAAAAUCCUUCAAAUAUAAUAAGCACUGAACCACUGAGGUUCUUCUGAACUAUUGGGUAACCCCAUCUAUUAGGUCAGUGGUUGUUGGUUGGUGUCUUUUAUUUGAAAUCAGCAAUUAGCUUCACACUUGAGAGACCCCAAAAACAAACACCCACAAAGUGAAGUGGUUGCUUCUCAGAGAAUUUCAUUUUAUAUUUAGUUUUUUUUGUUGCUUAUUUAUUUAUUUCCAAAUUUGUCUUUUGACUUGUUGAAGCAAUCAUAUGUUUCUGUCUUUUAAAUAUGUAUGAAAAUGUCCUCUGCCCUUUACGAACCCUUCACUAACUAAAUUCCAAUCCAGGUUAUACAGUGCCAAUUUGUGAACUGACCUUUCUGGCACAUGUUUUGCUACAGUGUGAUGUAUGAACGUAUGGAUCCAUUGCCCGUGUGUGUCUUCUUUUAUAGAUAUUGCAGCUAGCCAAAAGCACCACUGCCCUUGCAUUAGAAGUUGUGUUCCAACAUCUAGCUUGCAACAGUGAAGCAGUCAUUUCAGUGGUUUCAGAAUGACUCAUUGUGGCCAAAAGAGAGGCUAAAGCCUAUCUGGGUUUGUUUGAAAGAAGAGUUCAAUCAGUAUUUGUAUUUCAGUGAGGCUUAAACACUUGAGAUGCCCCACCUGAAAAUAACAAACAAUGUGUUCACAUUUUUCAAGACUCCCAUUUUGUACAUUUAAUAAAGAAAAUCUCCAUUUCAUAAUGGCAAUCUUUGUCUCCACAGCCAAUAUUUUCUAUAGUUUCAGGAGAUGGAACCAUAGAUGCCACAUUUUUGAUACAUUUCAUAAAAUAGAGAAUAUUGACUGUGGAGGCUGGAGAGGCACACAUAUCACAUGUUUCAAUACAUUUCAUAGAAUAUAAAAUAUUUACUGUGGAAAGAGCAGAACCACACAUAUCACAUUUUCAUUGGUGGUCCAUCAGACCACCGUGCUGAUUUGCCAGUUAUUCAUCUUUCAUUCCUGGGUUCUCAUGUUUUUUGUAUAAGAAAUCCAGUUUGACAUGCACCAUUUUGUUUGUAGAAAGUGCAUUUCAACAUCUACCAAUUACUGUACGAAAAAAAAAACACCUGACAGAAAGUUAGACUUUAUCUGACUGUUUUAUUAAAAUUCUUCAAUGUGGAUAGAAAAUAUAGAGAAUUUCUUAAGCGAUUCAUCCAAAUGUUGUCUAGAUUGGUAACGCUGGAGAGGAGUUCUUUUUGUGUGCAAAUAAAAGAGACAGGUUAUUAUGUAAGGAUGAGUUUGUUCCUACAUGACUGUUCCUUGUCUGGUGCCAAAGUGAUGAUGACACAUAGCCAGAUGAUGCCAUGCUAAGGUACUAGUUAAGUAACAGUUUUUAGAUGUUCAGGACCAGUUUGUAAGUAUGACAAGCUGGGUAGCCAUUGUACUCUUUACUAGCCUGUGAAUCUGAUGAUCAUAGCAGAUGGCUCCUUUUUAAAAAAAUAUAAUGGAAUGGUCGGAUUUUUUAUUGAUUCUAAUUGAAGAGUCAAGUCUUACUGAAGGUGUCAUGACUAAAAAGCACUUUGAGUGAAAUGAUGUGUCAAAUGAUGACAAACACUUCAACUUCCACCACAAAUGAUUUCACAUUUUCAUUCAUGGUUUAGUUUCUCCAUAGCUCAAAAAACCAGAAAAAAUGUUAUGAAGGAAAACUGAAAAACAACAUACAAACAAUCAAGCAAUCCAUUAGUGCAUAGUUUUGCUCCCCACCCCCUCUAUCUCUUUAUAAAUAUAUACAUAGAUGAAAUUUGUUAAUAUUGCAUGUUUCUAUACAAUACUGUAAAUAGCCGCAUGUUUUAAAGAAGAGCAAAUAUAUUGUGUAAGUGUGUCAUUUGUCAUUUUGAUAAUAAAAUGGAGAAAUUCUCCAAAUGUAUAUUUUCUGUACUUUUCAAGAUGGGUAUGGGACAGAGUGUAAAAAUAUACAUAUGUAAUAAUAAUAUUCUGACUCUGUCCCCACCUUUCCUAUAAGAGUGUUGUGUAGCUCUGUGUGUGAAUUAAUUUAAGAGUAUAUUGUAGCAUGCCAGCUAUAUUUUGUGAAAACUGCUCUAUUUUUUAUUUAGUUUGCUAUGCAGGUCAACAAACAAUAAUCAAAGACAUCUGCUUAUAUAUUGGGGGUUCCAAGUAAAAAAUUAAGAAAUAAUUAAAUAAAAUAAGCCAUUACUUGAUUACUUGUC